GCAACCUCAGUGUAGUUAAAAAGAAAGAAUUUUCAUCAUAAUUGGAUCUUAAUCAUUAAAUUAAAAAAAAUAUAUAAAUAAGAAGGUAAAAAAAAACAGGAGGUAUUAAAUGAAGGUAGGGUGUGUGUGUAAAAACACAGAGAAGCAGGUGAGGUCAAAUGAGACACAAUACUUAAUGCACUGAGCAGAAGAAGAAGACGAAGAAAAAUUAAUAGAGAAGAGAGAUAACAAAAAAAUGGAAGUUAAUGGAGAAGAAAAGAGAAGCUAUAGGAAAGAAGAUGAAGAAAAAGAAGUUUACUACCCUCUUCUCAACUCUCCAUGUUCUGCCUUUCACAAAACUGUUCAAGCCAUAUUGAAGUGCCUUGGUCUUGAAUCAUCAUCCAUAUCACCAUCUUCCUCAUCAUCAGAAGACCCUGGAACUGAAACUGUUCAAGAAACGGGAUUUAUGGCGAUGGUUGCAAGAUUGACAAGAAGGAGACCAAGACCGCCUUACAGCUCAGGGCAACCUGGUCAGAACAACUGAUUCUGACACUCUUAAAGACUUAUGUCCUUGUGUUUAAAACUCACUUAUGUUUGCUUUCCAUCUUGUUUGCUUCUUGUGAGCGGUUGGGUUUCUUUAUUUGAAAUCAAACAAAACUUGGUAGACUCUUUUGUGAGCGAUUUACUAAUCGUAGGUUUUGUUUUAUGUAUAGGAUAGGAUCCUUCUGUUGUUAUCAUCUGUGUUAUUCUUUCGUCUUUCCUUAGGAGUUUGAUACUCUGAUUGUACUAUGUUUUCCUUUUUCAAAGUAUGUGUGUUUUUCUAUAUUAAUGAACUUUCAGCCGAUAAAAAUACGUUCAAGUUUGUAACUGAUUUAAUUAAACAACAAAUCAUCUCAAAAUGAUAACUUGGAAACUGGACUGUCAUAGUGAACCGCAAAUUCUUUUGCACCAAUUGUUUAAAUUGCAAUAAAUUUGAUAUUAUUUUCCAAAAAAUACACUUAAUCGAAAAUACUUUAAUAUUUAGGUUUAUGGUUCAGUGAUUAUUGUUUAGGUAGUGUCAACAAUUAUUUUGUUAUAUUUAUUAUUUUAUUUUAAAUAUGAAAGUAAACAUUUUGACAAAAAAAAAUCUAGUCCAUAUAAAGCUAAAACCAAAUGACCAAGUUCUUAUGUUUUAGUAUAAAUUCAGAUUUUACAAUAAGACCAAAAUGAAUGAAAAUAAUGAAAACAUAAUUUGAAGUUAUUAAGAAUUUUACAUGUAAUUUUAAAAAGUCAUCAGGGGCACAUGCCCCACACUGUGGCUUCGCCACUGCAUAUAUAUGUUGUAAAAUACUAGUCUUUAUUCAAAAAUCAUAGCAUUCAACACAAAAGUUUAUGUUGUAUUUAAAAGUUCUUUUAACUGAUUAUAAUUGAAUCUGUUUUUAAUGUAUGAGGUCGAGUUUCCAGUUUGGAUCAAAA